AUGCGCAGAGUGCUGGAAGGUUGGCAGGGUGGUAUCCGUGUUGGUGGUCACCUAAUCAGUAACUUGCGAUUCGCCGAUGACACGACCAUAAUAGGCGCCAAUGAGACAGAACUCGCCACAUUUCUGAACAGGGUCGAAUUAUUCAGUGCGCAAUACGGCCUCCAUAUCAACCGGAAGAAGACAAAGCUGAUGUUCAUCGACAGAGCUGGGCAGAUGCAGAGGACGGGGGAACUGCGUGACCUGGACUUGGUAGAAGACUUUGUCUACUUGGGCUCGCAGAUAUCCAGUAACGGAGAUUGCAUGAAGGAGGUCAUAAGAAGGUCACAAAUCGCAAAAGCAGCAGUGAAGCGCUUGGAGAAGAUUUGGAGAAACAGGAAUAUAUACCGCCACACGUUAGUCCGACUUAUGCGCACCCUUAUCUUCUCCAUAUUCCUCUACGCCUCUGAGACAUGGGUAUGGAAGCCAGCCACGUGUGAGAGCAAAAAUAGACGCAUUCGAGAUGUGGUCCUGGCGCAAAAUGUUGGGCAUAUCCUGGACGCAACGCCGCACCAACGCGUCUAUUCUCGAAGAGCUACAUAUUACCACCCGGCUUUCAACUACAUGCUUCCAGAGAAUGUUGACCUUCUUUGGCCAUGUGGCCCGCCAAGACCCGUCCAGCUUUGA